AUGGGAGCGAGAGCGGCGGCGGCGGCGGCCGUGGCGGUGGCCGCGGUGUUGGCGGCCUGCGGCGGCCGCGCGGAGAUUUGCAGAAGCAUGGACAUCCGCAACAACCUGACCCGGCUGAGCUUGCUGGAGAACUGCACGGUGAUUGAGGGCCACUUGCAAAUACUGCUGAUGUUUAAAACCAAGCCUGAAGAUUUCCGCGAGCUCAGCUUCCCCAAACUGACUAUGAUUACAGACUACUUGCUUCUGUUCCGUGUGUAUGGCCUGGAGAGCUUAAAGGGGCUCUUCCCCAACCUCACGGUGAUCCGAGGAACCCAUCUGUUCUUCAACUACGCGCUGGUCAUCUUUGAGAUGGUUCACCUGAAGGAGAUCGGCCUCUACAACCUGAUGAACAUCACGCGCGGCGCCGUGCGCAUCGAGAAGAACAACGAGCUGUGCUACCUGUCCACCAUCGACUGGUCGAGGAUUUUGGACUCCGUCGAGGACAACUACAUCAUCGCCAACAAGGACGACAAGGAGGAGUGCGGAGAUGUGUGUCCAGGAACCGUGAAAGGGAAAAGCAACUGCCCGCCCACCGUCAUCAACGGCAUCUUCAUCGAGCGCUGCUGGACCCACGACCGCUGCCAGCGAGUUUGCCCACCUGCCUGCAAGUCCCAGGGCUGCACGUCGGACGGGCAGUGCUGUCACAGCGAGUGCCUCGGGGACUGCACGGAGCCCAACAACGCGGAGCGGUGCGUGGCGUGCCGCAACUUCUACCUGGACGGGACGUGCGUGGAGACGUGCCCACCCGGGCACUACCGCUUCGAGGGCUGGCGCUGCGUCACCUUCAGCUUCUGCCAGGAGCUGCACAACAAGUGCAAGAGCGCCCGCGAGUCGGGCUGCCACGUCAUCCACAACAACGAGUGCGUCCACGAGUGCCCGUCGGGGUACAUCAUGAACUCCAGCAACUUGCACUGCACUCCUUGUGCAGGGCCCUGUCCAAAGGUUUGUGACUAUGGGAAAGAGAAGACUAUUGAUUCGGUGACGUCGGCACAGGAGCUCCGUGGCUGCACAGUUGUUAAUGGAAGCUUGGUUAUAAAUAUCCGUGGAGGAAAUAACAUAGCAGCUGAGCUAGAAGCGAAUCUUGGCUUGAUAGAAGAAAUCUCAGGUUACCUAAAAAUCCGCCGGUCUUAUGCCUUGGUUUCUCUUUCUUUUUUUCGUAAACUACAUCUGAUUAGAGGAGAAACACUGGAAGCUGGAAAUUAUUCAUUCUACGCCUUGGACAACCAGAAUCUUCGCCAGCUCUGGGACUGGAGUAAACACAACCUCACGAUAGCACGAGGCAAACUCUUCUUCCAUUAUAAUCCCAAACUGUGUUUGUCAGAAAUCCACAAGAUGGAGGAGAUCUCUGGAACUAAGGGGCGUCAGGAGAGGAACGACAUAGCCCUGAAGACAAACGGUGACCAAGCUUCAUGUGAAAACGAAUUGCUGAAGUUCUCUUCCAUCAGAACAUCUCACGACAAGAUCCUGUUGAAGUGGGAGCCAUAUUGGCCUCCUGAUUUCCGUGACCUCCUGGGAUUUAUGCUCUUUUACAAAGAGGCUCCGUACCAAAACGUGACGGAGUUUGAUGGGCAGGAUGCCUGCGGCUCCAACAGCUGGACAGUGGUGGAUGUGGACCCGCCGCCGCGCUCCAACGAGCCCAAAGCCCAGGCCCAGCCAGGCUGGCUGCUGCGGGGCCUGAAGCCAUGGACACAGUAUGCUGUGUUUGUUAAAACUCUGGUCACCUUCUCAGAUGAACGAAGGACGUACGGUGCGAAGAGUGAGAUCAUCUACGUGCAGACCAACGCUACAGUUCCAUCAGUCCCAUUAGAUCCAAUUUCUGUUUCCAACUCUUCAUCCCAAAUCAUCCUGAAGUGGAAGCCGCCCUCAGAGCCCAAUGGCAACAUCACACACUAUCUGGUGUUCUGGCAGCAGCAGGCAGAAGACAGUGAGCUUUAUGAACUCGAUUACUGCUUGAAGGGAUUAAAACUGCCCUCAAGGACGUGGUCUCCUCCUUUUGAAUCUGAAGACCCUCAGAAGUACAACCAAAGCGAAAGUGAGGAUGUCAGUGGAGAAUGUUGUUCCUGUCCGAAAACCGACUCUCAGAUCCAGAAGGAGCUGGAGGAGUCCGCGUUCCGCAAGACCUUUGAGAACUACCUUCACAACGAGGUGUUCGUCCCCAGACCAUCGAGGAAGAGAAGAGACCUGGGCUCCAUUGCAAAUGCCACCGUGGUGAUCCCCACCAUCCCGUCCUCUCCAAACUCUUCUGCAGCAGCAUCUGAGAGCGCAGAGGAACAGAAACCUUUUGAAAAGGUGAAGUUCAAGGAGUCCCUGGUGAUCUCCGGGCUGCGGCACUUCACGGGGUAUCGCAUUGAGCUCCAUGCCUGUAACCACGAUGCUCAGGAGUCCCGGUGCAGCGUUGCAGCUUAUGUCAGUGCCAGGACCAUGCCGGAAGCUAAGGCAGAUGACAUCGUUGGGCCAGUCACCCAUGAACUGGUUGAAAAAAACACCGUGCACUUGAAGUGGCAGGAGCCCAAGGAGCCGAAUGGCCUUAUUGUGCUGUAUGAAGUGAAUUACGGCCGUCUGGGGGAAGCAGAGGAAGCGCACUUCUGCGUGUCCCGAAAGCACUUUGCCAGCGAGCAGGGCUGCAAACUGCGCGGGCUGCAGCCUGGAAACUACAGCGUGCGGAUCCGAGCGACGUCGCUGGCUGGGAACGGCUCCUGGACAGAGCCCACCUACUUCUACGUGGCUGAUUACCUGAACGCUCAGCCUAAUAUUGCUGUUAUAAUUGUUCCGAUUAUUUUUGCCAUAAUCAUUGCUGGAAUUAUUGGAGCUGCUUACGUGCUCGUGAAAAAGAGACAAACUGAAGGACCAACGGGGCCACUCUACGCGUCCUCUAACCCCGAAUACCUCAGUGCCAGUGAUGUGUACGUUCCUGAUGAGUGGGAGGUCCCACGGGAGAAGAUCGCUCUGCUCCGUGAGCUGGGCCAGGGCUCGUUUGGAAUGGUGUACGAGGGCAUUGCCAAGGACAUCGUGAAGGGAGAGCUGGAGACCCGCGUGGCUGUGAAAACGGUGAACGAGUCGGCCAGCCUGCGGGAGCGCAUCGAGUUCCUCAACGAAGCCUCUGUGAUGAAAGGCUUCAGCUGCCAUCACGUGGUUCGCCUCCUCGGGGUGGUCUCCAAGGGCCAACCCACGCUGGUGGUCAUGGAGUUGAUGGCACACGGGGACUUGAAAAGCUACCUGCGCUCUCUGAGACCCGACGCUGAGAAUAACCCUGGUCGUCCACCACCAACACUGAGAGAAAUGAUCCAGAUGGCUGCGGAGAUCGCCGACGGCAUGGCCUAUCUGAAUGCCAAAAAGUUUGUUCACAGAGAUCUGGCAGCUCGGAACUGCAUGGUUGCAGAGGACUUCACUGUAAAAAUUGGAGACUUCGGCAUGACCAGGGAUAUCUACGAGACGGAUUAUUACCGAAAGGGCGGCAAAGGGCUUCUGCCUGUGCGCUGGAUGGCGCCCGAAUCGCUGAAGGACGGCGUGUUCACAACGUACUCAGACGUGUGGUCAUUUGGUGUUGUCCUGUGGGAGAUCAGCAGCUUAGCAGAGCAGCCGUACCAGGGACUCUCCAACGAACAGGUGCUGAAGUUUGUGAUGGAUGGAGGAUACCUGGAUCAGCCAGACAACUGCCCAGAGAGGCUGCACAACCUGAUGCAGAUGUGCUGGCAGUACAACCCCAAGAUGCGCCCCACCUUCAUUGAGGUCAUUGAGAUGCUGAAGGAGGAUUUGCACCCCAGCUUCCAAGAGGUUUCCUUCUUCUACAGCGAGGAGAACAAACCUCUGGAAACAGAGGAGUAUGAGAUGGACUUCGAGAACAUGGAGAGCAUCCCCCUCGACCCCUCCUCGUACACACAGAGGGACAAAGCCCUGGGGAGGGACAACGGGCCCUCCAUGGCCCUCAAGGGGAACUACGAGGAGCACAUACCUUACACUCACAUGAACGGUGGCAAGAAGAACGGGCGGAUCCUCUCCAUGCCCAGGUCGAGUCCUUCCUAACGCCUCCCGUGGCCCAAGGGUUGUGUCUGCUUUUCUCCCCUCCACGAAUCUCAGGACUCUUUGUUAUUGCUGCCGCAGUGUAUGACACACAUCUACAGACUCUUCAGAUUUUUAAUCAUCUUAUGAUUAAUACUUUUUUUUUUUUCCCUUUUUUUGCCAAGUUGACUGGUUGUCAGUGGACUUAUCUGUGAACAUAAAUGGAAGAGGUUUCCAUGGCUGCUCUCCUUUCUGUAACCAUGGUUUCAAAACAGGAAGCGACCGCGUCAGUUCAACUGAAGGAGGAGCAUCUGCGUUUGCCAACAACAGCCGUGAAAUUCGCCGCUCUCUGAGCUGCGGUGUAACGGUGUGGAACAAACCUCAGCGGGGCAGCAACGUCCCCAGGAGAAUUCCAGGCUUCAGGCAUCCUCGUCACUACAGCCGAAGGUUCGACACCGCGGUCGGACGCCAGAUCCUCAGAUUGACCAAGAGCUGCUGCUUUCGUACUUUUUCCAUGGGUUAAAGCCCAGGGGUGCGUGCGUGUGCGUGCGUGUGUGCAGUAUCCAUAUGUGGGGUGUAUACGUAUAGCAAAAUAUACACUUCUGGUUUUUGUACAUAAGUUUUGUAUGUUCUCACGGAAGCUUUCCUCUUCUCGGAAGCGUGUACUUCUCUUUCUCCCGUUUCCCUGGAGUGACCGAAUCCUACACAGAUUAUUUUUAUACUGAGGACUCUUGGGAGUAGGUUUUCUCUCAUUAAUAAAUGAGGAAAAUAUGCUGAGAGCCAAAGGAGCAGAAAUCUGAGAUUUAUGGGUCCUUUCAAGACCAAACGAAGGAGGAGUCCCCAGACCUGAGAAACCGUUUUCUGUCCUUACAGCAUCGAGUAUAUAUAUUGUUUGUUGUAACAUAUUUAAAAUGUCUUUAGUUUAAAUUUUAACUUCAUAUAAAUUAUUGACUGUU